UGCAAACUUACUCAAACAGGUGUGGCACUGCUCAUGCUGGUGUGGGAAUAAACCUCUAACCUCUGCUUUUAACAUCGGACGUUGUUACAGUCCAUGUCAGCCGCACUGCAACAGGAAACAUAUUGCACAGCUUAUCCAGCUGCACUAAAUCACAAUGGAGUCGUCUGUGGUGAACCUGUACAACCAGUUUCAGAGUCUAAGGGCCCAGGUGGACUGUCUGAAUGAGGGCAUUGAACCACAGUUCCUCCAGAUGGCAAUUAACUUUGAGGAGUGCCGUAAGAAGUGGCUGCAGACAGAUGAGGAGCUGGUUUCCUGUAAAGAGGUGCUGGCUAAAGCACAGACUGAGAGGGGAUCCCUGGAGGUCAAACUAAAGCAUGCUCGCAACCAGGUGGACGUGGAGAUCCGGCGGCGGCAGAAGGCUGAGGCAGUCUAUGAGAAGCUGGAACGUCAGCUAGAGCUUAUCCGGGAGCUGCUUGUAUCUGAGAACAAUGGCAACAGUGUCCACCUGAGCGAGGAGCAGCGUUCGGCCCUGGCCUUCCUCAGUACCCACUCCAGGGCAGCACAGGCUGCUAAAAACAAUCUCAACUCCAGUCGAAGGUUAACUACCAUCGAUGAAUCGGCUUCUUUGCUGUCAGACAUCAGCUAUGACCAAACAGACGACUCUCUGGACUGGGAUUCCUCUGUCAUGAAGACUGUGAGACUGCGGAAACGGCAGAAACGACGCUCCUCCAGAAAACUCUCGGAGGUUCCUCCACAGGGAGUGAAGAAACCUCGCUCCACUGGACGCAAAUCAGACAGGAUGAAUGAGUCCAUAGUGGCCAAAACCACCAUCACUGUGCCUGUAAAUGGCGGAGCUGUCGAGGCUGUCUCCACCAUCGAAGCCGUGCCUUACUGGACACGCAGCAGAAAGAGUGCUGCAGCAGCAUGGGCUGACACAACCACUACUGACCAAUCUGAAACUGCCAGUGAGGCUCCCAGCACCCCAGUCCCAGAUUUUAGAGCCAACCCCGGGGCCCCCAGAGCUAAUGGAGGAGGAAAGAAGCACCACUUCAUCCCCAAAACAGUGAUCAAGUCUGAGUUCUGUGUACCAUGUGGAAGAAGAACAAAGUUUGGCAAGAUAUACCUUCGCUGCCAGGAUUGUAGGGUGGUGACUCACCCGGAGUGUCGUGACCACUGUCCCCUGCCCUGUAAUCCCACAGCUGUUAGCACUCCCAUCAAGAACACACAGGCCACCCUGGCUGACUUCGCUCCAGUCACCUCCCCAAUGAUCCCAGGUUUGGUUAUCUACUGCAUUAAGGAGAUUGAACACAGAGGCCUACAUGAGGUUGGCCUGUACAGAGUUUCUGGCCAGGAACGCAUGGUGAAAGAGCUGAAGGAGAAGCUGAUUAGAGGAAAGACUCUGCCUCCACUUCACAAAGUAGAAGACAUCAAUGUCAUUACGGGUGUCCUCAAAGACUUCCUCAGAAACCUUCCAGGGCCACUGCUCACCUUCCAGCUGAACAAAACCUUCAUGGAAGCAGCCGAAAUCCAGGACGAUGGCAACAGUCUUGCUAUGUUGUACCAGACCAUCAGUGAGCUGCCUCAACCCAACCGAGACACUCUGGCCUGCCUGAUGAUCCAUCUGCAAAAGGUCUCUCAGAGUGUGGACACUAAGAUGGAUGUGAACAACCUGGCCAGGGUGUUUGGCCCUACUCUUGUGGGUCAUGCUGUUCCCAACCCAGACCCUAUGACCAUCCUGCAUGACACAAGCAGACAACCAAGGGUUAUAGAGCGCUUGUUCAGUAUUCCAGCAAAGUAUUGGGGCCAGUUUGCUUAUCCAGAUAAUGUAGGCAUGGAAAAUGGUCACCACACUGACACUCCAGACCACAAAGUGAGCAUAUUGGGACCAGUGACCACUCCAGAGCACCAGAUGAUGGCUAAAACACCUUCCUCCAGCUCGCUGUCCCAGCGCAUGAUGCACACUCUCUCCAGCACCACCAUAUUUGGGAGCAAGAGCAAGGCAUCAGCUGCCUGUAACCGCCAGGGCAACUUCUUUGCUUCUCCACAGCUGAAGUAAUGGCAAGACAAGAAAAAAAAGAGUUCACCAUAUUGUAAGUCUGGGCUACUUAUUGCAAUAACUGAAUAUGUAUUCACAUAAUCAUGUUGGAAAACUACUGUGCAAUUUUAGCAUGUAAAAGUUUUAUCACUGCGUUUUUUUUAUUCGAGUAUUUUAUACAAGACUUUCUAACCAUUUUUUUCUUUGAAAAGAUUCCUUAACAUAAGUGUUUUAUUUUAUUUUUAUAUCUUUGAUUACUAAUGAUUUAUUAUUGACCAAAACUGUGGCAACAUCUAUGCGAUUGUAAGACAUUUGAGGGAUUUAAUGACCAAGUAACAAGAGAAAACUAGUUCAAGAGUCAUUUGUGUUGAACACCUGGGUUUGACGAUCAGAGGCUAUGCAUUCACUCACGUUGGUCCAUAUUUGAACCUGUGGUUGUAACCAUAGCCUCAGAGAGAAAUACACACUGAACAAAGAGAAAAGAAGUUGUAUUAUAGGCCAGUGUCGCUUUGUCUUUUGUCUUUGGUCAUUGUCCUCAAACUGACACCUUUUUUGUUUUCAUGAUUUAACAUUUUUGUUUUAUAUUUAUGUUGAUUGUUCACUAUGAUGUAUACCAAUCAUGACAGUUUAUAUAUUUUAACAAUACGCCAUGUAAACACUGAUACUUAAUGGGAAUAAUGUUGCAUUUUGCACUGUAUCUGUAACAAUCUGAGUGAAUGUGUUUUCUACCUGGGAGUACUCACCACUAGAGGCUGCUGUUGCACCACUUUUGCUGUUCAAGCCUUAACCAAUGAAGAUAAUGUCCUAUAUAUAAUGCACUCAACCAGUCAGUAUUACUGACGCUCAUUGGAAAUGCUGUAAGUUAUUCCUGUGAAUAACAGUUCAGCCAAUAUUUUCUCUCUCACACGCCAGAGAUCUGAGACUUACAUCUGUGUGGUCAUCACAAAAUAGAAUCUGGAGCUUGUUUAAUUUAUGAAUGUGAAAACCGAUUUGCAUGCACACUUAAGCUUUUGAGUAUUUGAAUCGACUGGAGCUUUCUUGCACAGUUACAUCACCAGUAAUGCACAAGGAGUGAUGCUCCCUCUGAGGAAAUUUCUCCUCUCUCCUUCUCUCACUGUCACCUUUAUCAGCUCCAGAUUUUAUUGUUAUGAUGACAUUACUGGUUCAAGUAUUAGGUAUUUAGAGGAGGAAUGUCAACCAAAACUGAUUCAUCAUGUUCAGUCUU